GAGGAGUCCCGGGGAAUGCACAUCUGCGAGGAUGCAGUGAAGCGGCUGAAGACGGACAGGAAAUUCUUCAAAGGAUUCUUUGCAAAAGCGGGGAAGAAGGCAGUGCGCGCCGUGUUGUGGGUGUCGGCAGACGGUCUUCGGGUUGUAGACGACAAAACAAAGGACCUGAUUCUGGACCAGACGAUAGAGAAGGUGUCCUUCUGCGCUCCGGACAGAAACUUUGAGAGAGCGUUCUCCUACAUCUGCAGAGACGGAACCACGCGGCGCUGGAUCUGCCACUGCUUCAUGGCCAUCAAAGACUCUGGCGAGCGUCUCAGUCACGCUGUGGGUUGUGCGUUCGCCGCCUGUCUGGAGCGGAAACAGAAACGUGAGAAGGAGUGCGGCGUCACGGCGACCUUCGACGCUAACAGAACCACCUUCACCCGCGAGGGCUCGUUUCGGGUUACUACGGCAACAGAGGCGGCAGAGCGGGAGGAAGUGAUGAGGCAGAUACAGGACGCUAAAAAAGCGGAGACGGAUGUUGGUAUGAUGGGCCACCACAACUCGGCCAUCUCUGUGAAUAACUCCUCGGGUCAGUCGAGUGGAGGCACCCCCUCCCCGUCGUCCUCCCCCCCCCUGUCCAUGGCCUCUCUGGGCCCCCAGGUGAUCCCCCGCAGACACGCCCCCGCCGAGGCCCUCGCCAGGCAGGGCUCCUUCAGGGGCUUCCCGGUCCUCAGCCAGAAGACGUCUCCCUUCAAACGGCAGAUGUCGCUGCGCAUGAACGAGCUGCCGUCCAACGUGCAGCGCAAGUCUGACUUCCCCAUGAAGAACACCGUCCCGGAGGUGGAGGGCGAGAACGACAGCAUCAGCUCGCUCUGCACUCAGAUCACCUCGGCGUUCAGCGGCCCCCCCGAGGACCCCUUCUCCUCCGCUCCGAUGCCCAAACCCACCUCCUCCCCACAGUCUCCUGUAGCACCAGUGAACGGCUCCUCUCCUGCCUUCUGUGCUGCUGCUGCUGCUGCUGCUGCUAACCCCCCCGCUCUGCCCCCCGCCCUGCCUGCUCGAGACACUAACCCCUGGGCUAAGACCCCAGCAGGAGCCCCUCCCUCAGCACUGCCAGGAAGUAACUGGUCCUCUCCCACCCCGGUGAUAGUGGUCCCCCCCACCUCCUCCCCCCCCGUUUGCUCCCACAGACGCACCCCCUCAGAAGCAGACCGGUGGUUAGAGGAAGUCACAAAGUCAGUGCGCGGCCCCCCCACCUCGCUGCCCCCUCAGCCGUUCAGCUCCCCCGGGUCGAUGCCGGUAGCCCCUCUCCCCCAGGUGGCCUUCAUCAUGUCUCCCCUGCCCCCCGUCGUGCCCAUGCUGCCCCCCCGUCAGCCCGCCUUCCACACUCACCCCCCGUCUUCUUACCCGCUGCCCAACGGCAUCCCCUUCCCCCCCGCGCUGGUGGGCAUCACUCCCUCUCAGAUGGUGGCCAACAUGUUCGGAUCGGCAUCUCACCCCCAUCAGUUCCCCCCCUCCUCCGCCCCUACCCCCCAGCAGGACCUCAGCCCCUUCAUCAAACCCCCCCUCAACAACACGGUGAGUCUCCCCUCAAAUGGCAGCGCCACCUUUAAUGGCUCCGAGUCCUGGUCGCACCUCGCCCCCCCCCCUCCUCCCCCUCCAUCCUGCCCCCCCCCCUCCAUCCUGCCCCCCCCCUCCACCCUGCCCCCCCCACAGGAAGACAUCUUCGAGGCCCAGUGGGCGGCGCUGGAGGGCCGCUCCCGUCAGAUCGCCUCUCCGUCCCCCACUAACCCGUUCUCCACCGAGCUGCACAAGACCUUCGAGAUCCAGCUCUGAAGACUGCUGGGAACCGGACUAUAAGGAGGCCAUUUUUGUUUUGGGGUGACUAAAGAAGAGCGAGGUGAGGUGAGGGGGGCGGGGGGGUCCUCCUGCCUCUUCUUCAGAGGAAGAGCUCACGGGAAGAAGAAGGAGAACCAGCAGGGAGCAGAACCCCAAACGGAGCAGGCUAACAGGCUAGCUUCUCAUCAGCAUCGUCUGUACGUUUGUUUGUGCAGCGCAGGCUCAGCAUCGCCCCCCCCCCCACCUCCGCUCCCUGUUGCCAGGACGACGCCUCCUCACCUGGCAGAGAAACUGCAGCACUGAGAGAACUCAGCUUCCAGACAAGAAGUUCUCAUUCUAACUUCCUAAUCAGAAGAAUACAGUGAGAAAAUGCCAAAACUUUAUUUUUAUGCAUUAAGUAUAUUUUAAAUAGCUUUGGAAUCUAACAGAAGAGUUGUAAGUAAUCGUGCCAAAGGCAUAGGCUAGCUACAAUGAGACGAGUUUAUGUUCGUGUAUACAAGAAAUGACCGUAUAUAUUAUACAUAAAAAAAUAUAUAUAUCUAUAAAGAAUCUAUACUGUACACAGCUCACAGCAGUGCUAAUUUGUAAUGUGAUGUAAAGAGAUUUUGUGAAGGGACAGCUGCUUUACUUGUGUUUUUUUGUUUUAUUUUUGGAGAGAAAUCUCUUUGUUGCCGUCUGUUGCAUCCUGUGAUUGGAUGUGGAGCAUCUCUCUGUAAAUAGGGUUUCGUUGCAGCAACAAUCAUUGUGGACCUGGUGGUGGUGCGGACUGGUUGCUUCUGACCUGUGCUCAGUUUUAUUAGUUUAGUACACAUCAGUACUUCCAAUGUUACUUCCUCAUUGUCAUUCUUCUCUGCGUGGAAAUGAUCUUGUUUUUUUAUUUAACACGGUAGGAUGUGUCAUCUCCUUUUUCUCCACCUCUUAUAUUAUUUUUUUAAGUAGUUGAUUUGUAACUUUUUAUUUUGCACAGCACUACAGUAGAUGAUUUGACUCGCAGGUGACCGGCGGUUAGUGAGUGUAAGCUGCACGCUGACCUCAGCAGAAAACUACAGGGAGAUGAAACCGCUUCCGUCUCUCUCAGUCUGAUUUCUCUCUGUCAUGUUUUUAUUUUUUUAAAUCAAACCUGUGAAUAUGAUCUAUUAUCUGAUCUAUUUUUCCAUUUUGUAAUUAUUUCAUUACUUUAUUCCACUUCUUUGGAGAAAUAUUGAAGCUAAAAGAUUGAAUAAAUUGAUGGUGGUAAAGGAAAA